GUCGCAACAACGACGAUGGUGACUACACAACAACGACAACGACUGAUGCUGCUGCUGCUGCUUUGCCUCUCCGGCAGCAUUGCGGCAGCCCAGCAACUGUUUAUCGCGCGUCCUCAACGCUCCAUCUACGGUGCACCUCCGUUAGGUCCAUCGGGACCGCCACCAUCUUUAGGCUGGAACAGCGUGGGCAGCUUUAAUCCGUUGAGUUUCGGCCACAUGACCAAGGAUGAGCUGUUGACGCUCCUCGAAGCCUGGCAAGAGGUGGAAGAGGAGAGUGCCCCGCCCCCAACGCCAGCGCCCGAGCCCGUGGAGAAACCAGCUCCUCCACCACCGCCCAAGCGUCCGAUUCGUCCGCCUCCACGUCCGCGUCCGACGGCGCCGCCAGCAGCAGCCGGAGCUGGAGCAGCAGCUGGAGGAGGAGGAGGAGGAGGAGGGGGAGAUGGACCGGCAGUCCCGCCACCUGGCACGCCGGUGCAAGUGCGUCUGCCCGCCUUUGUGCCCAUACAACUAUCCGCCAUGUACACGCCGCCGCUGGCCGUGAUUGGAGGAGGAGGAGGCGGAGGAGGAGCUGCUGCUGCUGCAGCGGCGGCGGCUGCUGGAGGAGGAAAUGGAGGAGCAGCUGCCGCUGCUGCUGCUGCAGCUGCUGGCGGUGGAGGAGGAGGAGGAGGAGCAGGAGUUGGUGGAGCCCAAACUUUCGACAGCGAUUUUCCCGACAUCGACGAUGAGGAUGCAGCGCAGCCGCGUCUCUUCCGCUACAUGCAACUGCCCAUGACGUUGGCACGUCCACAAUCUCAACCGCAACCGCAUCCACGCGGCGCAGCUCCCCCGCCACCGACGCAUGUGAUGCGCAACACGCUGGAGAGCGUGGACGCUGGCAUUGCGCCGCUCUCGAAUUUCGUCAAUGUCAAAUCGAAGACGGCGAACUUUAGGCCGCCAAUGAGUCUGCCCAUUAAGCCGCCGACGCCAUCGGCACUUCAGGGACCAGUCAUAAGACCCAGAUUUCUGAUGCCACCAUCGCUGCCGUAUUUGGCCAAUGCCCCCGGACCGCUGGAGCUGGUGCCAUCCUCGCAGAUCAUUGGCGAUUGGCGCGAGUAAAUUCCAAAGGCCAUCAUCCACCUUUAAUUUUUGUUUUAUAUAUACACUUUUUUUUGUUUAAUUAAUAAGCACAAACAUAUUAAUUUAUAAGCACAGCGGAAAACAUUUCAAAUAUGUGCAAUAUUUUCAAAUAUUGUCAGUAUUAUUUAAGCAAACAGCGAACCGACUUUUACAUUCACAUUCAAAUUUACGCGGAUAUUCGUGCAGCUUAACGAAGUAGUUAAGCGCCGGCAACUUAACGAAUGCCAAGUAAUAUACAAAAAUGCCUAUUCAUAUGUUCAUUCGACUGUAAAUAACAACAUUAAUUUAAAUAUAUAUAUAUAAACAUUA